GGUCUUGAAAAUUAUUUUAUCUUUCAUUCGACGUGUAGUGCCCACACAGUAACUGUGUUUGAUAAAAAUGCGAAAAUUAUGCCGUAUUUGUGAUUUACUGGAGAAGGAUUCAUAUGGAGAAAUGUGUGACAUUUUCUCCGAGACGGACGAAAUAUCGCUAUCAAUAAUAAUGCAAGAAUUCGCUGAUGUUAAGAUAUCGAAUGAUGAUGGGCGAUCACAUUAUGUUUGUAUAGAUUGUAUGCAGCAAAUCAAAACAGGCCAUCGAAUAUGGAAAAAGAUCCGCGACAUUGAGCUGCGACCAUAUCCAUGUCAUGAUGCUUCCAGCGAGCAUGGCAAAGAGUCAGUUGAUCAAGCUUUUGCUAUAGAUUCUGAUAUCAAACUUGAGCAGAUAAUAGUGGAUGAAAAUGGUUGUGAAAACAAGGACGGUUAUUUAUACGAAUUCCUAGAGGACGAAUUUAUGGAUGAUAAUGUCGAUUCUGAAAUUUUGAAAGUUUCGAAUAUUCUAGAGCAUGACCUGGAAGAUGCUACAGAUAAUUUUUCUGUCGAGACUAGUGAAACGUCGUCCUUGCAACGAACUGUAAGAGACACUCAUUUUGAAAUGCCAAAAGCAGAAGUCAUUGUACAAGUCAUUGAUCUGCUAGAUCAUUCAGUCGUUGAAGUUAAAGGGGAUCGUUGCUGUGGAUGUAGUUUUGUUGGAGUGAACAGGCAAGAACUUUUAGAGCACUCCACCAGCGCACAUUCUAUCGAAAUCGAGGAAACUGAAAAUUAUUGUCCCAUAUGCUUUUACAAAUUUCCAACCGAAAGCAGACUGAGGAGGCAUGUUGAUGAAUGUAAAUCAAAACGUAUUUAUGUUUGUAAGAACUGUGAAAAAUAUUUCAAUAGACAGCGUCAGAUUGAAGCCCAUUUAGAGAAGUGCAAAAACACGGACCUUAGCUGCAAAACAACGAAUAACUUUGUAGUACUAAACGAUGGCGAAUAUGAUUCAGACAUUGCUGUACUUCUACUUAGUGAAAGUGAGAAUGAAAGUUAUACUGAUACACUGAGUGUAAGCGAAGCAAAAAGCGAAGAAAACGAUAGUGACACCUUGAUGGAUCAGAUUGACUCUGAAAGUGCGCCAUCUAAUAACAAAACCAACUCGAAAGGAAAGAUAAACCUAACCAACAUAAUUGAUUAUCACGGCGUUCAGCCUAGCAGCGUCGCUGAGUCCCAGAUAGUUAGACGAGUUAAAUUCCUAACAUUUCAGUACCUGAAAUUGAAAGGUGAACGUUGCUGUGGAUGCGAUUUUAUCUGUGCAACACGAGAAGAAUUGCUUGAACAUGUGCAAAAAACGCAUGCCCAAAAUGUUACCCAGUCCGAAGAAUUUGUGUGUCCGAUUUGCUAUCGGCACUUCUCGAACGAAAAAGAACUGUCAAAGCAUAUUAAUUAUGUAACUAGUAAAGAUUUGUUGAUAUGUUCUAUUUGCAACGAGGCAUUUUGUGGCACUGACGGACUUAACCAUCACCAACAGAAAAGCGAAAAACACAAACAGAACUUACUCAACUCGUGCGGCAAUCCGCAGUCGAAUGAAAACAUGGUAAGAGAAUUGAACAACGAUCAUGUAUUGAAAUUUUUUGAAUUGGAACUGAAAACUAACAGAAGUAAAAAGCAAACUCGCAAAAGAACAAACAAUCGAUCAGGUACAAAGUAUCGCCAUCUAACAAUGCCAGAAACGCAUUUAAUAACCCAGAUUGAUGAAUAUGAUAACUAUCAGGUGAUUACGGUAGCUGGGGAGCGCUGUUGUGGUUGUGUACAAUUUUAUGAAACCUACAGCGAGUUGCUGCAGCAUGGUCGUCAGAUUCAUCUGACAGAAAAUGCAAAUGUUGCCGGUGAAUACCAAUGCAGCAUUUGUUUCGGACGUUUUGAUUGCAUUAGAGGACUGCUAUUGCAUCAAGCGUCGCAAAAGUCGGGUAAAAAACUGUUUCAUUGUAAGAUUUGUGACUUGCUUUUCUCCAAGCAGUUUACCAUCAGCAAGCAUUUGAAAACUGCUCCGAAUCACGGAGGUGAUGUGAUAGUCCAAGUCGAAAACAAUUCGACACCUAUUAAACUACAGCAGGGUAAAAAUACAACCAAGGCUGUGGAUCCGAAUAAACAAAAACUGCAUGUAAAAUUACGCAAUAGGAAGUUUGUUUGCUGUCUACCAAAAUGCGCCAAAGAGUUUCCCAGCGAAACAUUACUGCUUGAACAUUGUGAAAAUGAUCACUCGGGUAAGCGACGAGAAAAUGAAUCCGAAAGGACAAGUGAAACUAACGUCUGUCCUGGAUGCUACAAAGCGUUCGAAAAUACCACCUGUCUAGUAUGGCACCGCUUCACGCGCUUUACUAAGCAAUACCGAUGUCGCUAUUGUGAUCAAACGUUUACGCGCUGGCCAAAAUUCCGAGAACACGAAAACACCGUCCAUUUGGGCAAGCAAACUGAAUUCCCUUGCGAAGCUUGUGGAAAAGUAUUUCGAACAGCGCCCCGUUUGAAAGCACACUCAGAGGUGCACUCCGGCUUGCGAAAGCACGUAUGCACGGAUUGCGGAGCCAGCUUUCGGAACAAAGGAGUGCUUAAGCGCCACAGACGAGCCGUGCAUGCCAGCGAGUUUCCCUUCGACUGCAAGCAUUGUUCGAAAAAGUUUCCCACUCAGGAGCAGCUGAAUGCGCACACUCGUGUGCACACGGGAGCUAAACCGUACACCUGUAGGUUCUGCGAGCGAGGAUUCUCACACUUCACCGACCGAAAACGGCACGAAAUGUCCACCCAUACCGGUGAACGACCCCAUCAAUGCAUCUACUGUCCGGCGGCGUACGUUCGCAAUCGGGAGCUGAUCGUUCACAUGCAGAAACACGAGGAUGUGUUGUAGAAAUAAGCAAUUCGUAAAGCAAACUAUCCAGCUGAAACGACAAUGUUUCUACUACAUUCUAAGAUAGAAAUAUCCAUAUUUAAAAGCCUCCAAAAUUUCAUCGGCUGAUUUUAGUAUCGCAAGUCAUGGAUCAACAGUGCUACCAUGGAAUAGAAAGGCAGGGCCAGUUGCUACGAACCUAUUGACUCUAACAGCCUCUCUCAGCCGAGAUUCGAACAUACGACGACUGGCUUGUUAGACCAGCACUGUACCGUUAGCCGGAGUUAACCGAGCGGACGUUUAAAACCUAAAUUCUAGAUCAAAAAGUUUGCAACAUG